AUGGGCAAAAAGGGUAAGGGCAAGGGCAAUAAGCUGGCCAAAAUGUCGGAGGAGGAACGUGCCCGAUAUUUGCAGAUGCGUGCCGACAUGGAGGAGGAAACGAGGCGGCGCAAAAUGCAACUCAUUGCGCUCUACAUGAAGAACAAACUGAAGCGAGAGGAUGCCUUUUGCCGCUUAAACAUGGCCAAGAUCAAUCAGGAAUGGCGCUCGAUAUUGCGUCAGGUGAAGAUACAGGAUUUGCGUAGUGAAAUCGUUGAUGUGGAGCUGUUCUUCAAGGAAGCGCUGAAGCGCAAGGAUCAGGUCAUACAGCGUCUCAUUGGCGACAUUAAUUCCACGGAGGAUAUGUACGCAAAUCUGCAGCAAUCACACAUGGAGAACAUUGAUAGAAUCAUUGGCAUUCACCGGAGCCGCAUAGAGUUCUUCCGGUGCAUCUAUGAGGACGAUAAGCAGGCGGUGCUCAGGGAAUGGGAAAAGGAUUCAAAUAUAUUUAGGAGCAUGCAGUGGGAUCAAUAG